UAUGCAGCCCAUUAUAACCGAACCUUCUGCGCCCAUUGAUCACUGCCCAACAUAUGACGAUCCUAACCAUGUGGUGAUGUUGCCAUAUCCCAAGGACUGUCGCAAGUAUUACACAUGCCAGAAAGGACAGGCCUUCGAGCACCAGUGUCCGGAAAACUUGUACUGGAGCCAGAUGACCUACCGCUGCGACUAUAGGGAGUACUCCAGUUGCAAAUCAGACGAUCCACCAAAACCCAGCAACGAGGUUACAUACAGCCCAUUUCCCGGAGACUGUAGCCGAUACUACGAGACACGUAUCCAUCGCUGUGACCAGAACCUUCAGUGGAGUUCCCUAUACCAGCAAUGCGUAGCCCCAGGGUACGCAAAUUGUCAGGACUAUCCGGUGCCAAUUCCUCCGACGAAUCCUUUGCCACCCAUCGAUCCGAUACCCACUGCUGCUACUCCACCAUCUGAAGAUUGGACUUCCACUGAACCCAAUUACCUACCAACAGAUCCCCUAUCUCUGUGCAGAAAUAGUGUUUUCAAUGCGUACAUUCCGUAUCCCGGGGACUGCCGUAAGUUUAUUCAUUGCGGACCAACGGCAAAUGUCCUUACUUGUCCAGGCAGCUUGUUUUGGAAUCCCGGACAACUUUCCUGCAGCACAUACAGCCCUGGCUGCCAGUAUUGA